AUGGAAAUAUCGACUGAUUCAAGUUUAUGCUUAACCUGUAAUAAACAUUCAGCUAAAUAUUAUUGUACUGGAUGCAAAAAAUACUUUUGUCCGAAGGAUUUCAGACAACAUGAACAGCAACUAGCGAUCAAAUUCGACGAUGAAAUAAUUAGAUCACAUGAUGAACUUCUUGAUCAAAUACAUAAAUUAGACGAAUCAAAUCAUUUUUCAUUGGAUAUAUUCGGUCGAAUUGAACAAUGGAAGAAAACAACAAUUAGCAAAGUCGAAAAAGCAGCAGAAAAAGCUCAGCACGAACUCAGCAAACUAAUUGAUGAACAAAAAAUAGCAAUUACAAAACAACUUGAACCAAUCACACAAGAAAUUCGUUCUCGUCGAGAAGAAGAGAAUUUUGUUGAAAAUGAUAUUGAUCGACUUAGACGCAAAAUUAAUGCACUUGAUCAAACACUGAAACAAUUUGUGCGAAAUGAUUUAACUAAAAGCAUUAUUAUUAAUAAUGAUCAAAUGAAUUGGAAUCGACUCAUCUACAUUCGAGGAAUGAAAGGCGAAAAACAGAACUGUGAGUAUGUUUAA